AUGCACGUCCUGGGUGACAUGCUGGCAUCAAGGACCACUGAACUCAGCCCACAAAACGUGAGCAACAUUGUUCAUGCAUUCUCCCGGCUGUCCUGUUACAAUGUCCGUCUUUUCCAGAAUCUGGUCACUCGAGUGGCAUCCGAAGAUUUGGAAGCUUACAAGCUGUAUGAGCUUGGGGUACUGUGCCACAACUUGGCCAAGCUGAAGUCUGGCGGCCCAAAGGUUUAUGGCGCCAUGUUCGGGGAGCUGGCCAAGCGUCCUUCAGAGGCCUGGGAACCCAAGGCCGUCGCACAGGUGCUGGAUGCGAUGAGGCGGCGAAGCACCUUCAGUCACGAGCAGUUGCUGGUCUUGCUUUUCGAGCGAUUUUUCAACAGCCUCGACACUUAUCCGGUGCAUCCACUGACUCAGGCAUCAUGGUGUUUGGUUGAGCUAGAUGCGUUGGACCUCGCGAAAGGUUUGGGGCACGAGCUGCCCAGCGAUGAGUCGGGCCAAGGCUUCCCGGCGGGGCGCUUCGCUAUGAGGAGGGUCUUCGAAAGGCUGGAGGACCUGAACAGCGAAAAACCCUUCACACCAACUCAGCGAUGCCAUGUCCAGCAGCUAAUCCGAGCCUAUAGAUAUCGCUUUGAGCUGGAUUUCGGCUUGCUGCCUCAGAAGGUGAAAUCCUUCUGCAAGUCCCAGUUUGACGUCUCAAACUCUGUGGUGUCAGCUGUGGCUUGGUCGUAA